AUUUUUCUCGGCUCCGGCGAUGAGGUCAUGCUUUCUUGCUCGAAGCACCGGCAGUCACAAAAUCGGGAGCGCACCGACCGUUCUCACGUUUCGGAUCAGGGCAAUGUAAUCUCCUUCGACGAUGAUUCCGCGAACAAUUCUUUUCGUAGUUUAUCUACUCCUGUUUACCCAGCCAGUCUCCUUAACCUCGACAUGUGGCUCCUUAAUUACUUAUCGACAAUUCACCAGUAUAAUUAGUGAAGCUCCGGCAUGUUUCCGUCAAGGUUGUGGCAAUGAGCUUCUAGAAUCGCUAUCUUCAAAAUGUGGGAAGACCUCGUCAUGCUACGAAUUGCAUUCGACUAUCUCGAACCAUACCGGCCUUCAUCUGUGCGAUGAUUGCCACGGAGACAUCGCUUGCCGAACUCACGGGUGGCCGAUCCUUAACGCUACGGAGUUGUGUCAGUCAAUUCCACCGGAUUGGAUGAUGCUUGAUGAGAAUUGUUGUGGGGAUGCUGACGAGACUGUUCAAAUUGCUUCCUGGAUUAAAGAGCUUUGCACCGAUGAAUGGAGGCAUGGGUUUACCCAUUUUGGGGGGAUGGCAAAAGAUGAUUGGCAGGAGUGGAUCAUGCCUUGGAAUUGGACCGUGCAAGCUGUGGAUGGGGUAGUAAGUGGGAAGAAUAUCCACAAGUGUCACUCACCUUCCUACUAUCUCCUGUACUUUGCCGUAGAAAGUUGGAUUACAUGUUUCAGCAUUCUUUUCUUCCAAUUCGUGAAGAUCAAAUGGCACUACGCUCAUGACCGCUGGGAAUGGGGCAUUCCCGAGUACGAUCCGCCAUUUGGGGAGAAAUAUCAUGGGACCAAGGACAGGGUGAGAAUGUUCGUGCUGAGUUUCAAGAAUGGUCUGAAAUGGCCUGCAAGGUUCUGGGGGAGACUUAGAGGAACAGGGACACAGGAGUCUCAGGAUACACAGAACGGAGAAGACACUGAGGCUUCUAGAAAAGGUCCUGGAAGGACCAUAGUGAUGGCCUGUCUUAUGGUCGUAAUCGAAAUUGGUACGACUUUCCUGAAUGCCUGGCUUCUAAGGACCGCCCCUGGCUUCGAGAAUUUCGACUGGGUACGACUCGGCUUCUUAUGGUGUUCCAGACCGAGCCUAGCCUGGCUGACAUCGGUCGUUGGCACCGUUCGAAGUUCAAAACUCUCCGUGGCGAGGUUCAAAAAUGGACAGAUGGUCGUGGACAAUUGGCAAGCUAAUCUAUUCAUCGAUACUGCAUACAGUUCUAUUCUCAACGAAUUCGUAGUUCAGAUACUAGGAGCGGUUUAUCUCGGGUACACCACCAAUAAAGGACAGGAAAGGGAAUUCUACAAAUCUCACCGGCUGUCUCCAUUUUAUCGCGGGCCACAUGCAAGGCAGAUGUACAUCGGAUCAUUGAUCUGGAUGAUGGCCUUCCCGAUCGCCAUUAUAAUUUGGGGUGUCGUUACUUUCAGGCUAGCAUUGUUAUUGGGACUCGGUACAGCGCUUCAGCACGGCCUCAUGUUUCUCCAGAAGGCAAAGAGAAUAGUAAUACAAUGGUGGAGCUCUGGAGUCAAGAUGUUACAAAAGUCAAUUGAGAGAUUGGGCCGAUGUUGUUGGGCUGCAUACCGCGGAAGGCGUCGUGGUCCACCGCGAUGGCGUCCUCCGAAUCGAGGGCAGCGAUUUAUCAACAAGUACAUCGUUCGCGGGGGCAUUCGGAGAUGGUUAAACCGACAUCUACAUGGAAGGCUACGGGGGCUUGUUGAAUACCUUCUUAGGGCUAAACUUGGAGACAUACCUAGACUCCAGCUCUCGCGCAGUCAAUCAGUCCAUUAUCAUCAACCAGGAGUUAGUAACGGAGCUUCAAAUGAUCUUCUUCAACUACCGUAUUGCCUUCCGGAAUUUGUUACUCCACAAGAAUCGCCAGAGUCUACUUGGGAUGAGCCCGCACCAAGGAGCACGCCCUACAUUGAAAACCCGUUCGCUUCUUCGCAAGAUAUUGUUUCUGACUCUUCGCAUAUGUCCAUUGCAAUUGAUCCAGAAGAAACACAAUGGGUCCCUGCAUCCCGCGUUUCGUCGGUUCCCUCUGAUCUCCGGACCGGUACUGCUAUGACGUCUGACCGGAUGAACGUUUCAUACCUAGAUGCCAUACAGAGACGGAGGUUCAAUCCGACUCCAACUAUUGGUACCUCUGGGUACGACACAAUUCAACUGUAUGAGCCAUCAAUCUCAGAUCCCUCCACGCAUGCUCCAAGUACGAGAUCCAAUCCUUUCGACGACGGGCAUGCGAUAAGCGUGGAACCUGGCCCUUCAGUACCGUUGAUGAAUGAUCAAGACACCUCAUACCGAGGGCAUAGGGUCGGUGAAUCUGGCAUCCCUGAAAUAUCUCGGCCUCCCUCAAACGCCAACCCUGCAAGCUCUAAGCCGGGCUACCUUGACCGCCGCAUCGCAGAGCUGGAAGCUCAGUUCAAGAAAAAAAGAACCCCUAAGUUGUUGCGAGAUUACCGGGAACCUGACAUCAGAGAACUAUGGAUGACGUUUGUGUUGAGCACAGGUUGCUUUCUGUACAUCUCCCAGUGGCUGUUCUGGGAUGGCUUUGUGAAAGCUUCCGGGGAAAGGUAUUGUCCCCCGAAUGUAAUUCAGAUUACUAGGAACUGGGCUCUGGCCAUUUUCACAGCCGUUGGAGCUAUUUUCUUUGGUAACGGAUAAUUCAACAUGGACUCUAGAGGUAGUUUUUCUCGCUCAGUCUGAUGUCUUGUCCGC